AUGAGCUUGAUUGGAGGUCUCCUGUACGUAGCUGUACACACGCGACCAGAUAUCGCCGUCAGCACAUCGAUUUUGGAACAAAAAUCAAGCUUCCCAAAUUCGCAUGACUGGACUGAAGCCAAGCGAGUAUUACGAUAUUUGUACACCACCAGCAACAACAAGCUACAGUUAGGUACUUCAAAUGAAGGAUUGCAGAUGUUCGUCGAUGCAGAUUGGGCUGGUGAUUCUCACGACAGGAAGUCAAACUCUGGUGUACUCAUUAUGCUCGGAGUAGGAUUAAUUUCCUGGGGCUCACGAAAGCAAUCAUGCGUUGCACUAAGCUCGACUGAAGCGGAGUUCGUGGCGUUCGCUGAAGGCUGCCAAGAGUUAGUUUGGACGAAACGAUUAAUUGAUGAGAUCGGUGACGGUGAAGUAACUGAUGUUCCCAUUCCAGUAUUUGAAGAUAAUCAGAGCUGUAUCAAGCUGGUUGAAGGAGAUCGCAUCGAACGACGCAGCAAACACAUUGAAACAAAAUUCUUCUUCGUUCGGGACCUAAAAGAAAAGCAGAUCAUCAGAAUGCUGUAUUGCCCGACCGAAACAAUGUUGGUCGAUUUGAUGACGAAACCACUUCAACGAGGUCGUUUGUAA